AUGGGUGGAUCGUCAUAUAUUCAGCUGCCGGAAUAUAUCGACAGGAAGCGGGCCACCAUCAACCCACAAAAUAUAGACCAGGAGUGCUUUAAGUGGGCAAUUUUAGCGAGACAUGUUACGGGGCCGUCGGCAUUUCGUGUGGAGGGGGAUAAAUAUAGUCAGCAUGAGGGCAAGUACGAUUUUAACGGCCUCACCUUCCCGACACCACUAUCGGACAUCACCAAAUUCGAAAAAAACAAUUCCAGCGUCUCCGUUAACGUCUAUGGUAUAGAUAAAAAGUUUCAACCACCUCGUAAGUACCCAACGUACGAAGUGUAUCCGCUGAGUGUGGUCGACGAAGAAAAACCAAACCACUUCGACCUGCUAUUGGUGACGGACGGCGACAAUGUACAUUAUACUUAUAUCUCAAUUUUUUCCCGGCUCAUACGUGCGCAGAAAACUAGACACAAUGGGGGUGUCAUUGUUUGUAAAAGGUGCUUCACGUCAUUCGACAAUCAAAAUUGUAAAUACAAGCUGAGCGGACAGGAGGCCCUGGACCAACACAAAUUGAUUUGCGGGGCGCACAAACCAAUUUUACCCGAGAUGCCGAAGGAGGGUGAUUGUGUUGAGUUCAGGGCGUGGAAAAAAACGGUUAGGCACCCGUUUGUUAUAUACGCAGAUUUUGAGUCAUUGCUGGUGAAGACGGAGGAAAAGAGGGGCGAUAGUACCACAGUUAUGCAGAAACACGAAGCUAUGAGCUACGGGUUUUUGGUGAAGGCGAGCGAUGACGUACCGGCGGAAUUAUUGGCGGAGUACGAGAUACCGGCGGGGCCGGUAAUCUAUAGAGGCAGCGAAGACAGGACGGAUGUGGCGAAACAUUUUGUGGAGACGAUAGUUGAGGUGGCCAUGAAAAUCGAAAAUCUGAUGAAGACGAAUACCCCCAUAAUCAUAAGCGAGGACGAAGAAAAAACACAUCAAGAGUGUAUAGAGUGUAACUUAUGCAAAUGCAUAUUAGUCGGGGGCGAUAAGGUUAGGGAUCAUGAUCAUUUAACGGACAAAUUUAGGCAGACCUUGUGCUCUAGGUGUAACUUAGAGUUGCAACAGCCUAAAUUUGUCCCUGUCUUUUUUCAUAAUCUCACAAACUACGACUCGCACUUCAUAAUCACUGAACUUGGGUAUGAUACUCAAACUAUCAACGUUAUACCGAACAGUGAGGAGAAAUUUAUAUAUUUCUCGAAAUAUAUAAGUAGUACCUUCACUGUUCGGUUUAUCGACACGUUCAGGUUUAUGGCGUCGAGUCUGUCGUCCCUGGCCGAAAAUUUAGUUACACCCGAACAUGAGAACUUCCGUGAGACAGCCAAACAUUUUGUCGUAGGAGAUAUGCCGCUCGUGACUCGUAAGGGGGUGUACCCGUACGAGUACACGGAUAGUUGGGAGCGGCUGGAGGAGACGAGGUUACCGAGGAAGAGAGAAUUUUAUAGUACAUUGACAGAGACCGGGAUUAAGGAGGAGUUUGAACACGCGAAGGAGGUCUGGGACCACUUCGGCUGUACGACGUUGGGGAAGUACAGCGAUCUAUAUCUUAAAAUCGACGUGUUGUUGUUGGCGGACGUUUUUGAAAACUUCCGCGACGUGUACAUGUGCAUAAUCUCAUUAUUUCACCGCCCCAGGCUUAAGUUUCGAUGCGAUGCUUAA